CUGCACUACGGGAACCUCCUGGGCAGCAGAGCUUGUGUCCACAUGGCAGCAGCUGCCUGGGGCACUGCGUUGCUCUAUUCUCUCCUGCACACUGCCAACACUUUUUCCCUACCCCUCUGCCAGGGGAAUGCUGUGGACCAGUUCUUCUGUGAAGUCCCUCAGAUCCUCAAGCUCUCCUGCUCUUACUCCUACCUCAGGGAAGUUGGGCUCCUUGUUGUUAGUGCCAGUUUAGUUUUUGGGUGUUUUGCUUUCAUUCCUUUUUCCUAUGUCCAGAUCUUCCGUGUGGUGCUGAGGAUCCCCUCUGAGCAGGGACAGCACAAAGCCUUUUCCACGUGUCUCCCUCACCUUGUCGUGGUCUCCCUGUUUAUCAGCACUGCCAUGUUUGCCCACUUGAAGCCCCCAUCCAUCUCCUCCCCAUCUCUGGACCUGGUGGUGUCAUUUCUGUACUCGGUGGUGCCCCCAGCAGUGAACCCCUCAUCUACAGCAUGA